ACUGGCCACAUGUGACGACAACGUGACUUGCGCUUCCCCGUAUGUUGAUCACGUGCCAUGAUUUCUUCCCAACCGCCCCAACUCGAUGAAAAAGCCAGUAAUACGAUCGCGCAAUCAGUGUCUCGUCAGGGCUCUUUUAAUUCGGAUUGUGCUUCUUGUUCUUCUCGUCUAUCCAGUUUUACAAAAAUGAUUCUUUGCUUGGGAAAAAUUGUGUUCUUCAUGUUGCUGCUUAUACUGGUACAUCUUAACACAAGUUUUGCCAUUCAAUGCUAUGAAUGUAAUUCAAAAGACAACGAUGGGUGCGAAGACUUAUCUGGUAUUCAACUUACGAAUUGCAGUGAAUUAAAGGAAGGGCCCAAGUAUACCGGAUGUAGAAAGAUAGAGCAGUGGGUCGACUUUGAUAUGUUAGAUGAAACUGCAAACAAGCGUAUCAUUCGCCAGUGUGCUAUACAUACCGAUGAAAAAGACUGCAUCUAUAGGGCAGGUUAUGGAAGUCGCACAAAUGUCUGCCACUGUUUUGAAGAUAAAUGCAACGCAGCCACUGGACUUUCAAUAACCGCUGUGAUUAUGAUAUUUGGAGCAUUUUCACUUGUUAAACUAUUUCUGUAAACUCUAGCAAUUGAUUUAUAACUUUUUCUUUAAUAAUGUAUAGAAAAGCAAAAUAAAAAUAAUGGGUAAGUGGGGUUCGAAUGAAAAAAAACUCCUGUUUCGGAGAAACUUGAAAAAUUGCACAAAUUGUAUUUGCCACAAACUAUGAUAAUUUAGCGUCAAAACAUUUGUACCGUUCGAUGGUAGAACCAGUUUUAUUCUCCCUGUCGUAUUACAGCAUAUUUAUAAAAACUCAUCCAUUGAUCAACAUUGUGCUUAAGUUAUCUUAGGAAAAGAAAUGGUAAUUGUUAAUAAUUUCGGAGAAUAGCAAGUUAUAAGGUGUUGCAAUAAUAAUAAUAUAAUGUUAAUCAAAUAAUAUAAUUUUAAGUAUUGCAUAUCGGAAUCUGCUUGCAUGGGAAAUAGAGCAUUUAGAUAUUUUACUUUAAGUUUUUUUGAGAAUUUUAAAAUCUACAUUCUCUCUUAGAUAACACAGCUUUUUUAAAAACAAAUCAUAACGUUUGGGUACCAGUUGUCAUCUUUGGUAAUUUUUUGUGUGUGUUUAUGUAAACCGAUCUUGGUUAUCUAAGUUUGUUCUAGUUGUCAUAAACGUGUUGCAUUUAAUCAGGAGAAUCGAUUACAUCGAGAAGAUUCGUUUUUCAGGGCAUUGUUACAUUUAUUUCUUAUUGUAUCAUAUGAAAUAUGAAAUAAACGCUCUAUUAGAACCAUUAAUAUUAGACAACGAAAAA